AUGGCCGACGGCCAUGCGGACGCGCCGACCGCGACGUCCACGAGCUGGCGCUACUGUCUCCACAUUACCUACUACGGUACGGGCUUCGUGGGGUGGCAACGACAGCAGCAGGCAGCGAAAAGCAGCUCGGGCCAUGACAGUGUGCAGGAGGUGGUAGAGAAGGCUGUGACGGAGACUUUGGGGGCCUCGCAGCGAGUCAACGUCACGGGCGUCAGCCGCACGGAUGCAGGCACGCACGCACUCUAUCAAUAUGGUUUCAUUCGACUCGGCUCGGAGCUGCCGAUGUCCUUGGAGGAACUGAAAGAUCAAGUCAAUGCCAAACUGGGAAGUGACCGAAUUGUGGUGCUUGGUGUGACGGUGCCGACGACGGGCCCGGCGCGGAUUCGAUCGCGGUACAAGAAGUACAUUUACUACUUGCAGCAAGGACACCGCCCGGACUUGGAGCUGGGCAAGUACUCGUGGUUCCUCGGUAGACGCCUGGACAUCCAGCGGAUUCGUGAUGCACUCAAGUAUUUGGAGGGCACGCACGACUUCCGUCCAUUUUCUCAGGGGCUGUUGAAGCCGAAGUUUGAGGAUCUAACAACGUUGCGAACCAUUAUUUCCGCAAAAGUUGUUGUUCGACGGAACGUGAACUUCUCGCUGGAUCCGCAAGUGUGCGGUAGUGGCGAGGUCAUUGACAAACGGAAGAUCGAGCAAGCCAAGGGAGGAGCACCCGUGCACUUUGUUUGCAUUGAGCUCGUUGCCAAUGGCUUCCUCCGGCACAUGGUACGACGGAUCAUUGGCACUUUGCGUCCAAUUGGUGAAGGCACGCAGCCACCUUCUCGAAUGCAGCAGGUACUAGCAGGUGAAGUCCAGCCUGGUCCAUCUGCCCCUACGAAAGCUCUGUGGUUGCAUCGUACUUGGCUCACACAAGAAGAGUACGACGCGGACAGUGCUGCGGAAAAGUAG